AUGAAUUUUGGUAGUAAUUAUAUCAACAAUAAACAUAAUCAAUAUCGUCCAUUUUACUCAUUGGAUGCGUUUCAUAAUACGGGACAAGGAAAGAUUGUCUAUCCGAGUUACACCAAAUACAAUAAUCAUUUCGCUAAUGAUACAACUUUCAAAAAACUACAACCACUGCCACAACACGUGUAUCUCCCACCUCAACGUCGCAAUCCUUUUGAUCUCAUGAGACCUAUGCACCUUCAACAACAGCAACAAGAUUUCUAUUAUGGCGUCAAUCUAACAACCCCAUUACCGUUCUCGCAUUACGCCAUUAACGCUGUUACCGCCAAACACGAAUUCAUCCCGUUCAAAUUACAAGAAAUUCAUUUAGGCUCGCAGAACAUGCUGCCUUACUCGAAGAAUCCUGACGAUUGCGCGAAUCUACAAUAUCGUUAUUUGAAUGGUGUUAUCGCAGUCGCGAUGCAUCAGAACAGCGUAAAGUUUUAUAUUCCAUUGGAUGCGAUCCAUGAGAUUCAUCAGAUUGGAUCGGAUACUUUGGUGUUGUGUCUUGAUCGUGAUAAAAAGAAAUUGAUUCAGCAUAAGAUUCUUGAUGUAGUUCAGGAUCGUCAAAACUUCAUUACGAUAAUUGAAAACGCGUCUACCAUGCGAUUUGUCGCCGAAGCAAAAACUCCAAUUGAAAAAAUCGUGCUCACUAAACUCCACAUUGCAUUUGAAAUCAGCAAAGCUCGUGAAUCGCGAAGUGCACCUAGUUCUAGCACCGAAAAUGAUCACAAUGACACGAAACCUAUUUUCUCAACUGGAGAAAGCGAGGCAAAUAUUCAAUUAUUUUGA